AUGAAAUGGAAGUCGACCCUCCGGCCUUGGCAAGCGGACCAGAGCUCGUCGAAACAACUAACCAAGGUCAACCCUCGACCGCCUACGAACUGCGCUCUAAACCAUACUGACCACUUCCGCGAAGAAGCCGUCCAAGGGGAAGAUCCUUAUUCUAAUCCAGAUCGAGCACGACGAGCUACAAUCAGGAAUAGACGGUAAAUAAGCCACCUACCUAUCUAUUGUGCUUUUUUCAGCCCUAAACGGGGAAGCGCCUCGAAGCGUUCCCCUCAUUCCUCCGAUGUACAUGCCUAUCGCGAGCCAAAGGAGAAAACGAAGCUUACCUCCGAUCGUGCCCAAGUUAAAGCCUAAACUACAUCUCCAAGAAUUCAUCAACAUACUUCUCUUCCCCUGAUCUAGAGCUCGCCGACCCACUGCUAUACGAUAGGUUAAUCCGCCACUAUCAAACGCCCUCCGAGCGGGAAGCAGAAGGCCGGAGUAAGGGUUGGUCUGGUAUACUCGAAGCCGACAUAACUCGCUCAGAGGCCAAAGUUGAGGCGCUCCGCGAAAAUCCCCGGGAGACACUGGAGUCGCGGGCAGAGACGAAUCAGGGACAGACGGUAUCGUCGAAAGAGGAAGCCGGGCAGGUGUGGCGGGAGACCAUGACACUGCGGUUCCUGGAGGGGAGGGAUGAAGAGGCGGACUAUGCGGCUAUCGACGGGAACGAGGAGUACGAUGAUUAUAGGCAGAUAGAGAGGGAUGCUCAGGAUGCCUACUUUGAUGCCGAGAGUCCGUCGGUGGAGGGGUCCACAACCGGUGACACCGGUGUUCAAGAUUUCUAA